AUACAUAAAAACCGAUAUAAACUCAAAGUAAAGAGAGAGAAAGAGAUAGUGAGUGAGAGAGAGUGAGAGAGAGAGAGAGAGAGAGAGAGAGGAGAGGUUUUGUGGGUUUUUCUUUUGUGUUUGGCUGAUAGGAAAACUUUAAGCGAGAGCUGCAAGGGAUUUUCUCGGCCGAGAAAGCGAGGGAAAGUACAAAAGAUGGGGAGUGAAAGCAAGAAUGAAGGGAUAGAGGGGGUUUCGCCGACGAUUAAGAAGGUGGUGCAGAGUUUGAAGGAGAUUGUGAAGCACUGUACGGAGCAGGAGAUCUACGCCAUGCUCAAAGAAUGUAACAUGGACCCUAACGAAGCCGCUCAGCUUCUCCUCUCUCAAGAUACUUUUCACGAAGUGAAGAGCAAACGUGAAAGAAGAAAAGAGAUGAAGGAUACACAAGAAUCAUGGUCUCGUGGUAACAAUAGUGGUUUGAAUCGUGGAGUUAGGGGUAAUAAUGGCACGCGUAAUGUUGGAUGGAGUGGACAAGCUCAAAUUAGCUAUAAUGAUCUUGGUAAAGCAGCAUACGACGGAGAGAAGGGGUCAGUUGCUUCUUCAUUCUCCUCAUCUAUGACUCAUGCAGAAGGAAAAACCAUUAAUCAGCAAACUUUGCUGCAUAGUGAUUCUUUUAGUACUGAUAAUGGAAGACAGUCAAUAGGAACAGGUGAUCCAAUGUCUGCAUCUGCUCAGCUGUCUCCAGGGUUUCAGUCUGCUUGGUUGGGGGCCACCACAUCACGUCCUUCAAUGGCUGACAUUUUGAAGAUGGGUAGGCCACAAAACAAGGGCUCACAGAUGAUAACCAUGACGUCUUGCAUGCCUCAAGAUGCAGUCACGCCGAACUCAUCCCUUUACUGUGCAAAGCCUCCCCAUGUUUCUGCUACUUUGCAACAAGAAUGGCACCAAGAUUUGCACCGACAAGAUCUGUCUAACAUGUUAGAGGCAAUCAAUAAAUCUGGUGCUAGUGCUCGCCAGCAUGUUUUAAAUGAUGAAUGUCGUGUGAUCGAGGAGCCAACAGCUAAUAGUGGGUCAUCUGUUGCGGAUGCACCUGCUGCCUCGGAUGCUGAGAUAUCUUGUAAUCAGUCUAACUCCCAUGAUAAUGGAGCUAACUCGUUUAGCAACUGUGCGUCAGAUGUGGUCCAGUUGUUGAAGGGUGAUGUUAAUGAAAAUCUUAGUUUUGAUCCUGUCAGAUGUGCUUCUGCAUCUAGUAGGCAGAUAAUUACGAACAAUGCUGGAGGGGGAUCUGAUUGCGAUAAUUUCAUGUUGAACGAUAUAAGUUCAUACAGUUCUCGUAUGGACUUUGAGCUCCAGGAAGGUAGUGGCUCACAUUUAUCCUUUCCAAAUCCUUCAGCACCUUUGACUGAUAAUACCAGCGUAAAUUUGUCAUUAGCUACUGCAACCUUGCAUCGACUAAGUUUAAGGAAUGAGGAGCCGGCUUUGCCUGUUACAGAAGAUAACUGUGCAUUAGUCUUUCCAAGUCAUCUGCAAACUUUGGCUGCCGACUGCUCACAGUUGAGCUUUGGUACCUACAAAGCUAGCAGUAAUUCUGCAUUUUCUGAGCCUCUUAGGUCUAAUCCAUUAACACUUGACAGGGGAAAGGCCUCUGUUGCAAUUGAUGGUUCAUAUGGGCACUUGGAUUCCAGAAAUUCAGGGCACACUGGUGAUGAACAGCUUAGAUCCAUGUAUGAUACUCUAACAGUGGCUGCUGAUGCUAGAAAUUAUGAUUUAACUGUGUCUUCACGGUCAGAGUUGAUGAAACAUACUAUUCCUGAGGCAACAGUUGGACAUGAAUUCAUAACCAAAUCAUGUCUAUCUGAUUCUGAUUUCAAUAACACUCAACAGCCAACUUCUGCAUUCUCUUUUGCUAGGGCAGACUCACAAAUCAGAAAUCUUCCUGCUUUUUCAAGUGAAUUGCCAACUUAUUCAGAUACCAUACGAAGUGAUUUAUUGGCAUCGACUAUGAAUUCUUUGAGAGAUUCUGAUGAUCUUCUGCAUUCACAAUUCCCUGUGACACGGUCGAUACCCUCAAUAUCCAAAAGUGCAGGAUCGCCAUUAAGCAGUUCAACCAACUCCAUGUUAAAGGCUUUGAAACCUGCUGCCUUUUCUAAUGUUCAGUCAUCUUCUGUACAUCCGCAUCACCUUCAUCAGCCUUACUCUCACCCUAACCUUACCUAUGAACAAUUAGCCAAUGGGAUUGGCUAUCCUUCCCUACCUUGGAGUCAAGCUUAUAUGACAUCUGCUUUGGACACAGGAUAUCCAGGCAAUAGUGCAUCCAAUCAAUCGCUUGCAGGAACAAGGUACAGCCUUCCACAAUAUAAUAGUGGAGCCCCAUCAAGCAGAUUACCUCUACCUGCUUCUAAUGCUUCUGGUUAUGGAAGUUUUGGGACUCAUACAAAUUCUGAAAGGUUUUUGCAUAACCCAUCCACUGACCUUACAAUCUCUCACGGUGGCUAUGAUGAUUUAUUACGUUCUAACUACAUGGGGGGAAAUCAUUUUACUCCAUUUCAACAGCAUGAUAGCUUUUCUGCGUGGAACUAUGGCCCUGGUUCAGGAACGAUGACUUCUGUUCCAGACAGCACAUAUUACAGCUUAGCGGAACGGAAUCAACAGAGUAAUAGAUAUCAAUUCAGUCAGCAGAACUCACAACAUCACGGAGCUCCAGGAUACCCUGAUUUCUCUCAUUCAUAACCAGGGAUCACAGAAGAACAUCAGCAGAGCCCUAGUGAUUUGAUGAUCCUAAGCGGUUCUCAGGAUACGCCAUCUUAGCACAUCAAAUUUGGCAACGUAGCUACUAACAAUUUCCAUGUUUCUUCCAUUUCGUCCUUCCUCCCAGGGGUUAGGGUGUUAUAUGAGAGAGAGAGUUCUCCAGUUCAAUUGAGAUUUUUGUUUCGUGAUGCUUUUGAGUGUUUGGCGCUGUCCAAUUGUACAUACUUAAAAGUUUAGUUGACGAUGCCCACUGCCUCAAUAUUAUUGUAUUCUACCUUAGCUAAUUUCCAUGUUGGGGCAUGAUUUUUGAGCUAGGCAUCUGGCUAAUUUUUAUUCUUCUCACAGGGAAUUUCUGAAUAGAAUUCAUUGUUUACGAUCAACUUUGGGUUUUGUAUCAGAUAUUAUUUGGGAAGGCACUAAUAGUACUGGUUUGUUAUUUAUGCGAUUAUCAACCCA